GAGGAGGAGGAGGAGGAGGGAGGAGGAGGAGGAGAAGGAGGGGGAGGGGGGGGAGGAGGAGGAGGAGAAGGAGGGGGAGGAGGGGGAGGAGGAGGAGGAGAAGGAGGGGAGGAGGGGGAGGAGGAGGAGGAGAAGGAGGGGGAGGAGGAGGAGGAGAAGGAGGGGAGGAGGGGAGGAGGAGGAGGAGAAGGAGGGGAGGAGGGAGGAGGAGGAGGAGAAGGAGGGGAGGAGUGGGAGGAGGAGGAGGAGAAGGAGGGGGAGGAGGGGGAGGAGGAGGAGGAGAAGGAGGGGGAGGAGGGGAGGAGGAGGAGGAGAAGGAGGGGGGAGGAGGGGGGGGGGGAGGAGGAGGAGGAGAAGGAGGGGGAGGAGGGGGAGGAGGAGGAGGAGAAGGAGGGGGAGGAGGGGGAGGAGGAGGAGGAGAAGGAGGGGGAGGAGGGGGAGGAGGGGGAGGAUCCGGUGGUGGCCCACCUCCCUCGGGUUCCGGUGGUGAAUGCGUGGUUCUGACCGGCAGGAACAGUGACGCCGCUGCACCAUGAUCCGUGCCAAAACCUCUUCGCUCAGGGGAACUCCUCAUGAUGCGCCAUCGGUCCGUCGGUAUUCCUCUCGCAUUUUAUCACCGGUAUUCUUCGUGCUAGUACCACUCUAUCUGGGCAGAUUUCUGAGCAUUUUCAGAAGCUCCUGCGUGAUAGCUACUGCAGAGCCACUGCCUGCCUUCAGGCACGACGUACCUGUGACGUGUCCUCGCGUCGUUUCUCUUUCUCUCGUUUCUCCUUAUGCCGUUCUCUUGUUGCCUGUGUCGUAUUGUAUCCCGGCAGUGGGCAGGCAGGCAGGCAGUAUGUGUGAGUGCACAGCAGCAAAGCCUCUCGAGUUGGCUCAAAUCUAAUCCCAUCUUCGUUCUCCCCCAUCUUUGCUCUCCCCCGUUCUGCCUGUGCCAUCGCCACGUGGAGGCAGACUCAGGGGUCACCUCUUAUUCCCCUUCCUCUGCAUGUGCCAUGUCCCCAGGUGGUGUUAGCCAUGAGGCGCCUCAAAACUAGACUCUUAUUCCCCCUCCUCUGCAUGUGCCAUGUCCUCAGGUGGUGUUAGCCAUGAGGCGCCUCAAAACUAGACUCUUAUUCCCCCUCCUCUGCAUGUGCCAUGUCCCCAGGUGGUGUUAGCCAUGAGGCGCCUCAAAACUAGACUCUUAUUCCCCCUCCUCUGCAUGUGCCAUGUCCCCAGGUGGUGUUAGCCAUGAGGCGCCUCAAAACUAGACUCUUAUUCCCCCUCCUCUGCAUGUGCCAUGUCCCCAGGUGGUGUUAGCCAUGAGGCGCCUCAAAACGAGACUCUUAUUCCCCCUCCUCUGCAUGUGCCAUGUCCGCAGGUGGUGUUAGCCAUGAGGCGCCUCAAAACUAGACUCUUAUUCCCCCUCCUCUGCAUGUGCCAUGUCCCCAGGUGGUGUUAGCCAUGAGGCGCCUCAAAACUGGACUCUUAUUCCCCCUCCUCUGCAUGUGCCAUGUCCCCAGGUGGUGUUAGCCAUGAGGCGCCUCAAAACUCGACUCUUAUUCCCCCUCCUCUGCAUGUGCCAUGUCCCCAGGUGGUGUUAGCCAUGAGGCGCCUCAAAACUAGACUCUUAUUCCCCCUCCUCUGCAUGUGCCAUGUCCCCAGGUGGUGUUAGCCAUGAGGCGCCUCAAAACUAGACUCUUAUUCCCCCUCCUCUGCAUGUGCCAUGUCCCCAGGUGGUGUUAGCCAUGAGGCGCCUCAAAACUAAACUCUUAUUCCCCCUCCUCUGCAUGUGCCAUGUCCCCAGGUGGUGUUAGCCAUGAGGCGCCUCAAAACUAGACUCUUAUUCCCCCUCCUCUGCAUGUGCCAUGUCCCCAGGUGGUGUUAGCCAUGAGGCGCCUCAAAACUGGACUCUUAUUCCCCCUCCUCUGCAUGUGCCAUGUCCCCAGGUGGUGUUAGCCAUGAGGCGCCUCAAAACUCGACUCUUAUUCCCCCUCCUCUGCAUGUGCCAUGUCCCCAGGUGGUGUUAGCCAUGAGGCGCCUCAAAACUAGACUCUUAUUCCCCCUCCUCUGCAUGUGCCAUGUCCCCAGGUGGUGUUAGCCAUGAGGCGCCUCAAAACUAGACUCUUAUUCCCCCUCCUCUGCAUGUGCCAUGUCCCCAGGUGGUGUUAGCCAUGAGGCGCCUCAAAACUAAACUCUUAUUCCCCCUCCUCUGCAUGUGCCAUGUCCCCAGGUGGUGUUAGCCAUGAGGCGCCUCUAAACUAGACUCUUAUUCCCCCUCCUCUGCAUGUGCCAUGUCCCCAGGUGGUGUUAGCCAUGAGGCGCCUCAAAACUAGACUCUUAUUCCCCCUCCUCUGCAUGUGCCAUGUCCCCAGGUGGUGUUAGCCAUGAGGCGCCUCAAAACUAGACUCUUAUUCCCCCUCCUCUGCAUGUGCCAUGUCCCCAGGUGGUGUUAGCCAUGAGGCGCCUCAAAACUAGACUCUUAUUCCCCCUCCUCUGCAUGUGCCAUGUCCCCAGGUGGUGUUAGCCAUGAGGCGCCUCAAAACUAGACUCUUAUUCCCCCUCCUCUGCAUGUGCCAUGUCCCCAGGUGGUGUUAGCCAUGAGGUGCCUCAAAACUAGACUCGUAUUCCCCCUCCUCUGCAUGUGCCAUGUCCCCAGGUGGUGUUAGUCAUGAGGCGCCUCAAAACUAGACUCUUAUUUGUUGGUGCAACCCUAUGGCUUGCACUCGGCUUGUCGUCCUUGUUUGUGUGUGUGCAUGCAUGGCAUGGAAUGAAUUGUGAGUCUAUGU